GAGAAAUUGACCGUAUCACGACCCUCAUCUUUUGCCAUCGCCAAUCCACGGUCCACCACACAACAGCUUGUCGCCUUAACAGCACCCCAGCGACAAGAUGCGAACCUACGAAGACUCCUUCUCCGGCGCGAGAAUUUACCCUGGCAAGGGUAAGCUCUACGUCCGUGGCGACAGCAAGAUCUUCCGAUUCCAGAACGGCAAGUCGGAGUCGCUCUUCCUGCAACGAAAGAACCCCCGUCGCAUCUCUUGGACCGUCCUCUACCGCCGCCAGCACCGCAAGGGUAUCUCUGAGGAGGUUGCCAAGAAGCGAACCCGCCGAACCGUCAAGGCCCAGCGAGGCAUUGUCGGUGCCUCUCUCGAUGUGAUCAAGGAGAAGCGCAACAUCCGCCCCGAGGCUCGCUCCGCUGCCCGCGCUGCUGCCAUCAAGGACAGCAAGGACCAGAAGCAGGCCGCCGCUGCCGCCAAGAAGGCCGAGAAGGCCAAGCUCGCCGCUUCCUCCGCCAAGGGCCAGGGCCGACAAGUCAGCAAGCAGGGUGCCAAGGGUGCCGCCCCCAAGGUUAAGCCCACGAGCCGUUAAGAUGGGACCUGAGGGGAAAAUGGGAGAGUGGAGUCCGUGGUUCUUGUGUCUUUCUCCGGCCGGUUCUUCUACAAUCUCGGGUGCAUGGGAUGCCAUAGGGUGCAUUGAUAGUUGAGCAAAUGCCAUAUCGGUGCAAUGGUCAAGAUGAAUCUCUUCUUACGUGCAGUGACGAAAGACACGUCCCGUGUGCUCGUUCCGGUGUACUGGUGUACUGGCGUAGCUAUCACUUAGUGGCGGGUUAGGUAUUGUGCUCUCAACGUCAAAACUUGAUAUCAGGGUAUGUUCGUAUUAUCAUCAUGCACGCAUCAACAAGCCAACGCCUAGCAUAAACACAUGCAUGUGGGGGAAUGAAGACAAAAU